AUGCCACCACGCUUAUACCAUACCAAGUCCAAGACGGGAUGCUUGCGCUGCAGAACCAGGCGUGUCAAGUGCGACGAGACGCAACCAACCUGCGGUGGAUGCACUCGUCAUGGCGUAGAUUGCGUGUAUGACCGGCGGCCGGGCAGCCCCAGCCCCAAACCUGGCAGAGGACUGAAAACCGAGCCUGAUACCUUCUUCCAAGAGACGCAAGAACGCAGGCAUCGUGAGCUCCGGCUCCUCCAUGUUUUUGUCACUCAAGUGUGCCCUUAUAUCCCGGGAACCCACAUACCCAAACUGUUAGAAAUCUGGACCGUCCGUGUCCCCGAGAUGGCACUGGGUUACGAGCCUCUUUUGCAUGCCAUCCUAGGCUUCUCGUGCCUGUACGAGGCCACGUGCAAGCACAGUGUUGCAGCCGAACGUCUCCACUGGCGGGCUCGCUAUCUCGAGAAGACCCUGCAGGCACACCGGGCGGCUCUAGGUCAUUUCACCCGCGAGAACGCGGACGCGGUGAGCUUCACCACCGUCGUCAUCACCCUGGACGCCUUUGCGCACCUGCAGGAGCGAGACUUGAGCGGCCCGUACGAGCCUCCUAUGGAUUGGCUCCAGCUCUCCCGGGGGAUUGGCGAUGUGUGCAAAUGCGCACUAGCCCUCCUCCAGGAUGACAAAGAUGCUCUCAUCUGGCCCUUGGUCCACACCAGCAUAGACACCAUCCGGAUGCGCAAGUCGGACGAUCUACCAACGCUCGGGACCCUCUCGCAUCUCCUCGUCCCCGUGGGGAGCGAAGAUCUGGGGGACGCGAUCGAUGAGGAGGCGUAUCGGGAGACUGUAAGAUUGCUCGAAUGGAUCGCCUCUGGUCGUGAAGCCGGCGAGCCUUUGAAUAUGUUCUGUCGAAGGUUGACGUAUCUCUCGACGUUGCUUCCGGCGCGGUAUGUCGAGUUGCUGAGCAUGAAGCAGCCGAGGGCGCUGGUGCUGCUCGCGCAUGUCUUUGCCCUUUGUUCGUACGCGAGUGACAUGUGGUGGGUUGGUGGCAGCGCGAGGCAGGAAAUCAAGGCGCUUCAGGAGAGCGGGCUCUUGGAUGGGCCAGAGUGGGAGGCCAUGAUGCGGUGGCCAGCGAGCAUCGUUGCCGGUGAGCAGUCACCUCUUCUCUCAGAGUAUCAUGAAAUAGCAGUUGACUAG